GAGUGUGGUCUUCACUUUUGGCGUUCGUACCUUCCAAGCUUCAGAUCAUCCUAGUCAUCUGAAUCAAGGGUGCAAUGGCUGCCAACAUCUCACCUUCUGCCUUGGAUAAAGAACAGAUAUUUGGAAUGGCUGAAAAGGAGAUGGAGUAUAGGGUCGAAUUAUUCAACAAGAUGACCCAGACCUGUUUCAAUAAGUGCGUUGAAAAUAGGUACAAGGAGUCUGAGCUAAAUAUGGGUGAAAAUAGUUGCAUUGACCGCUGUGUUUCAAAAUACUGGCAUGUUACUAAUCUAAUCGGUCAGCUGCUUGGUUCUGGAAGGCCUCCGAUGUAAUCCAAGUGUGCUGUUUGUGUUUUCCUUUACAGUUAGCUUUGUCUGAGCUACAUCUACGAUAUUAGUAGUUGCCGCUCGAGCAAGCGUAAAUUUAAUUCUUUGCAAGGUCUUCAGUUUUGCCAUGACUAUU